AUGCCCCAGGACGCGGCCGCCGUCGCCGCCGACUCGCCCGGCAGCGGCGGGGACGCCGCAGGUCAAGCGUCAGCACAGCGCAAUACAGGUAUGGCAUCAGCGCGCCUCCAUGCGAUUGCCAAGCUUCGCCGCGCCGCCUCGCAGCGCGAAGUGCGACACGCCACACCGCGCGCCGUUCCGCCGGCGGAGCCCGCGGCCACCGCCAACGAGGAUACGAAGCCGCCGGCGGACGAGUCGCCCGCGACGGAUGGGCCCACUGAAGCGCCGCCUGCAGCACUCCUGCCGUCGCCGCUCCCCUCGCUCGAGCAGCUGCGGCAGCGCCUCUUGCGCGAGCGCAAACCCACAGGCCUCUCACGCUCGGCCAGUGCUAGUGCAACGAGCCAGGUCGCACGCGCCUAUACUAUGCAAAAGCUCCUUGGUUCCGCGACGCCAUUGCCAUACCACGACAUGUUCGCCUUUGUGCGCGGCGUGAACCAGGCGAGUGCCGCCAGCGAUACACCGCCCACCCCGCCCCGCAACGAGUCGAUGGCAGCCGAGGCGAGUCCGCAGCGGGCGACGCUUCUGCGUAGUCUCUCUGCUCGCGAUGGCGCGCGGAUCCGCCGGAUCCGCCGGAUUGGCCGUCAAGAUACUGCCUCCGAUACCCCGCCCACCGCCUCGCCAAGUGCGACGCCGCCACGCGCGCCCGUCUCUGCGUCUGCCUUUUCCGACGACAGCAGCUCGACCAAUGCGCGCGAGUCGACGGGCUCCUCUGGCUGGCGCGUGAGUCUGUACAACUACGACUCCAGCAUGUCGAGCCGCCAGGCCUCGGUCGGCACAACUGCGCCCGUCGGCCAGGGCACCGCACCGCGCGCAGUCGACUCGCUCACGGGUGCCGGCACGCCCAGCACGGCCUCGCAUCGAGACGCGACGCGCUCGUCGCUGGAGCCGCAUGUUUCUCCGCCUGGCGGCCUGGCGCCUGUCUCAGCCGCGCCUGAGGACGUGCGGCGGUCUCCACCACGCGCAGCGCCUGUGCUGCGUGAGGCGCAUACGGCCAUGGACUGGCGCACGACGGAGCGUGGGUCGCUCAAAUCGCCGGCGCUGUACCGGCAGAGCCCCCCGCACACACGCACACGCACUCCUGGCCGAUCGCCAGACACGUCGCUGGACGACGCGUCAUCUGGAUCCCCCCACACGAUGCCGCACGAAAAGCCCUUACCGCGCCUGCCACCGGUGCCCACCACGCGUGCGCGUCGCGACUCCGUGUCCGGCGACACGCUCCCUCUUGCCCCUCGCCCGAACGCUACGCCGACGCUCCCUCUCCCCGAUGUGCUCGCGCCGAUGCUCGCACGCUCGGCGUCCGUGGGCACGGGGCGGCGCACGCCGCGCGAGGACGACGAUGAGCGCAAAGAAGCACGGGUGGUACGUCUGUGGGGCUCGCUGCGCCGCAAGACGUCGAUGCGCGCGCUUCGGCGGCCCAGCGGCCACGUCCCCCCCGCGGCCAGCUCUGCGUCGAGUGGCGACUCGGCAUGGGCGACUGUGGCGCUCCUCGCGGAGGCGGACGUGCCCCUGCAUGAGCCGGUCGUGACGCUUCCGGUGACGCCAGCGAUGCUGAUGCAAUGGAAUCAGACGCUGGAGCGGCCUGUGCGCCAUCUGCUCUCGUACCUGCCCGCCGAGGUGCCAUGCGACAUUGCGCUCGAUCCGCCGCGGCGCCUAGUAUGUGUGCUGCCCCUGCUACAGGCGGCGGGCGAAGAGUUUGUCAAGUUGCGGUACGCGUUCGUGUUCCAGGACGUGCUCGUGCUGGCCAAACCUCCCCUGCUCGUGCAAGGCGACGAGUCCAUUCCGGACAUGAUGCUGCGCAAGCUGAGCCAGACACCUGCACUGAACGAGCCCUGUGUGCCGUUUGCCGUACUGGACCUCGCCCAGGUGCAGAUGCAGCGGCACGGCGAACUGAGCGACAGUGAGCUAAGUGCGCUCAUCGCGCCCCGCCUCGCAGCUCUGCAUGCGCGCCUUGAUGUGACGCUUGCUGCGCUCGUGCGUGAGACGGGCCUGCUGCGCGACGAGUCAGAUGCGGCUGCGUAUGCCGCGGCACAGGCGCGCCUGCUCUAUGUGUGUGAGCCACUCGACCGCACGGUGUUAUGGCGCUAUGUGCAGGAGCAUCCGCACAUGCUCGCCCCCUUUGUGGCGCAGUACCGCGUGCGCGGCGUGCCGCUGGAUGUGGCACUGCGGCAUGUCCUCCUUGACUUGCCGCACCCUGAGAGCGCUGCAUCGAUGGAGGCGCUGCUCCUCGCAUUUGCUAGCCACUGGCAUGCGAGCAAUGCGGCGGAGUGGCCCGCGCAUACGCUCGAAUCGGUAACGGACCUGACGUGGGCGAUCGUGGCGCUGAACGAUGCGCUGCACCGGCCAGCCGGCCUCUGGGCAGCGUACGAUCCUAGUCUCUCGCUCGGUGACUUUACAGUGGGCUUCCGCACGCACGGCGUCUCGCACGCGGUAUCGGACCGCGAGCUCGGCGAGAUCUAUCUCUCCGUGCGCACGUCGCCGAUUGUAUCGGGCGGCGCUGGCGCGGACAUGCGCACGAUCUCUAUCGACGCCCACGCAUGGCACGCGCUGAGCGCGUUGGGCGUGUCCAGCGCGCCGAUACGUGUGCGCAUCGACGCACCCGACCCCGACUUGCAGGUGCGUCUCGUCGGCCCGGGUCUGCUCGCCGAUCCUCCUGUUCUUUCGUUUGCGCACUCGGCGCACGCCCAGUUCACGCUGUGUGCGGCAACACCUGGUCCCCACGACCUCAUAUUUGUGCGGAUGGGGCGCCAUGCGCGUUUCUACGGAGGCCACGCACCGGCGCCUGGCAUGGCAGCGCUGCCCCGCUCGGUGCAGGUGCGCGCCGGUCGCGACGCGCCUACCACCCGCGCGACGCUCUCGCUCGUGCCGACCGUGCCGGGCACCACGCAUACGUUUUACUUGACCGAUGCACCGUCUGCGCAGCGCGUUACGGCGCUCCUCCAUUCGACCAUCGAGGCAGCCCGCGCCCACGCACAGCGCUUUGGUCCAGCCGAGUGGGAUCCGCGCGCGCCGCCCACCGCCGCCCGCCACGGGCUAUGCGCUCGUGCAGACAACGCGUGA